AAAAACUCUCCCUGGAAGGAAUCGUGGUCCAGCGUGCAGAAUGCCGGCCAGCAGCCAACGAAAGUUACAUGAAGCUGAAAAGGCUGCAGAUAGAAGAAUCCUCCAAGCCCGUCAGCUGGACCAUGCAGCUGGACAAGGCCGUCACCACCAAUUACAAACCCGUCUCUAAUCAUCAGUACAACAUUGAGUAUGACAAGAAGAAAAAAGAAGAUGGAAAGAGAGCCCGCGCUGAAAAGCAGCAAGUGCUGGACAUGCUAUUUUCUGCUUUUGAGAAACACCAGUAUUACAACAUCAAAGACUUGGUGGAUAUAACCAAACAGCCAGAUCCACCUUCCAAGUGUCAGGCGGUCAGUUGA